GCGAGCAACUAGAGUUAUCGCGCGCAGACCGCCCGGAAGAUGCACGGCGAGGGAGAGAGUUAGUCUACACGGAUUAUGGUAAUGUCAAACAUGCCAGCCAGCCGGAGGCCGGAGAUAGCGAUCAUCCGAUAAUCGCGCACGGGGGUGUAGCUUGUAAAUGAAUGUUUCUCGCGUUCCCGCGGGACUCGCCGAGAUUCGCGCGACGAGGACGAGAUGUGACCGCACAGAUCGCGGCCGUAACGUGAAGAAGUAGACCGUGUCGCGAUCGACGAAAAGUAGCGGGACGAGAAGAACGGGACGUUAGAAUAAAAACGUGUUAAGAGAAACGCGAGAGCCGGGACGGCACGCAUUCUCGGAGGUCUCGGCCCGGACGCCCUCGACCGUUCAAGAUGGAUUGGGACAUGAUGACGAUGGCGAGUCUGCAUCUGACAUCGACCGAGCAUCGCUACUACGGUGACAUAUUUAUAUACUGCUGCGAGAACACGGACAGCGACAGCGUGCCCGUUAUCAAAGUCGCCGAGUUGUUGCGCUCGGCUAGCUUACCCAGGGAUAUCACGAUGAAGAUAUUGGAUAUUUGUAUGGGAACUAAAAACAACACACAUCUGGGCAAGAAACAAUUUUAUGCGGUAUUGAAACUCGUAGCUGUCCAUCAGGCUGGUUUGGAAAUCUCCAGAGAUAUGAUAACUGGAUCUUCGGAUAUUAUUACUUUACCAAGAUUUACAUGGCCAACUGGUGAUGAGGAUGGCAGAAGGAGUUCAGAUUCAAUUAGAGGAAUAAAAGGUAGACAUCAUCCUCCAGAAAGUACUACUGAAAGCGAAAGUGAAGCAGAAUCUCCGCGUGAAACUGGUGGCAGCACAGAUUCCCCUACACCAACAAACAGUGUGACUCAAGAGAGGAAUGAUGGUAUGUUGGGUAGUGAAACAAUCCUGGAUUCUGUUUCUGGAGGUUGGCAAGGUUUAUUAGUUUCUGAAGAGCAAAGACAGCUAUUGGGUACAGAGGAGGAGAGUUCAGAACGUCAUAGCAGUGAUGAAGGUGAAGGAGAAGGCGACGGUUCGGGUUUUCCACCGGAAGAAGUAUGGAUUAUUAGUGAUGAGCAACGUGAUUACUACACUGCGCAAUUUGCGCAAUUGCAACCUGAUCCAGAAGGUCUUCUGGCAGGACCUGUGGCCAGAACAUUUUUCGAGAAAUCGCGACUUCCCGUUUCCGAGUUAAGACGUAUUUGGCAGCUUGCAGAUGUUACUAGAGACGGAGCGCUCAGUUUACAAGAAUUUUAUGUAGCUAUGCAUCUUGUUGUGCUGAGGAGAAAUCAUGUGCCUCUACCGGACGUUUUACCUCCGUCCUUGUCAAUUCCAUUAGUCAUGCAAACAACUGCCGCAUCGCAAAUCCCACCGGCAACAACUGUUCAAAAAUCGCCGCCGAAUUCCGCGAAUGCUCGUGAGAAGAAUAGGGAAUGGACGAAGUUUGUAGAUUCGCCGACUGGAGCAAGUAGUUCAGUUACCAGCCCAGGAUUGCAGCUAGUGAACUUCGAUUUCCAAAAAUCAGCCGUCGAACGAGACCCGAAGAUUUUGCAUCCAGUGCCGUUGCGUUUAACGCCGGAAGCGGCAAUUCUCGCUUCUGGCGCUAAUGGCAGCAGUAGCAGUUGUACUACUUUGGUGGAUGAUGAUCUGCAACAUUCUGCGGCGUCAUUAGUGCAACGACCUCUUACAAAGAAAUCCUCCGCAGCUCCUGAAGACGCCGUAAUCGUGACUCCCAAGAAGGAACCACCGCCUCCACCGCCACCCAGACCAUAUAGAACACAUGCACGCAGUUCUAGUCUCGAUCUUAAUAAAUUAGGAAAGAAUGGUCAAAGUUUUCUUGGGGCACCACCACUAGUACCACCUAGAAUGUCACCAGGAAUCACUUCGCCUCGUAAAUUGGUCGGACAAAGAAGCGAGGGCGAAGGACAAAGAACCUUAAGUGAAAGUCAAGCUUUUGUUGCUGACUUCUCUCAUUUUUCGCCCAAGAGUGAAGUACCUGAGACUACAAUAUCAUCUAUAGAAAAUACAGUGCCACAAUCUCAACAAUUCACCGGAGUGUGCGGAGCAUUUCAUAUUUAUAGAAAACCCAGUCCAAAACGAGAUUGCGGUGAAGAAGAUAAUAAAGACGAAUCGGAGGAUGGGAAAAAACUAACCUUGCAAGAAUUAAGGGAUAAGAAUGCGGAAUUACGCUUAGUCUGCGAAGAAUUGACAAGAGAACUAGCUAGCGCGCUUCAAGAACGUAUAAAUCUACGUGCUAAACUCUUGCUCUUGACUUGAUGUGAUUAUUAUUCGCUAUCAUCCAUUCGAUCAAAGCUGCAUGAGGUAUUAUGUAUCCUCAAUUCAUUGUAAACAUAUGUAUUUAAUAUGUUAUGCUAGUCUAAAAUUCUUCUUUUCCCAACGAUGUAUUCAUUCAUAUUCAUAAUAAUCAAUGUAGGCGGACAAAUACGUCAAGGGAAUUUACAAAAAAGAUUAUUUCUAAGUAUUUUACUUGAGAAUGAGAGAAGAGUAUGAGAUAUAUAAAUUAUAAAUUAUGUAUAUACAAAAUUGAUUUUACAUAAAUGAUUCCUAUAUAUUCAGAUUUAUAAAUGUUUAUGAAUUUACUUUUGUCAAAUUGAUGAGCUAUUGUUCAUAUUUAUAUGAAAAAGUGUUAAGAAAUUCGCUAAAGUUUAAAGCUUAUAUUAUCAAAUUUGUGAUUUAUUAACUUGCGUGUUACAUUUCGCAUAAUAGCUUCCUUUUUCGUCUCUCGCCAUAGAUUUAUAUAUAUUUCCAAGAUUGACGAGAAUCGAAUACAAUGAAGACACGGUACAUGUUACCGAACCUGACAAUCCGAAAGGGAUUCGUAAGCUAACUUUUGUAACACAUUUUUUUUAUAGUACCAGUAUUAAUUGGUUUUGAUAUUCUUGCAGUCUUUUUUAUAAGAUGAGAGGAUUAAUGUAUCGUGUAUUAUUGUCGUCGAUGCUAUUUUAGUAUCUGCUUUUUACUUGACAAUUAUCGUGAAACAUGUUAAAGCCACAUUGAUUAUUUGCUUUUAUCAAAAUCCUAUUAAUAACGACCUGAAACAACUUGACAAUCUGAUAAAUGACAUUCGACGAGUAAUCAUAUUGUAUAUUGUAUACCUAAAUGCAUUAUAUAUUCUACGAUAAUUUGUUUUACUAUGUUACAUUUUUAUGCAGAAAAUGAAAAGAAAAGGUGUGAGAUAACUAAUUGAGAGCCAGGCGCAGUAAUCGAAGCGCAAGUUUUUCUUCAAAUGUGAUUUAUUAAUUGUUCAAAAUCAUAUGUGUCGGUCUCUUAUUUGGAUCAUCAGGACCAGCUGUCAAACAAUAUAUAAAAUAGUAAAGCAUGGAAAGAUGUAAAAGUUCAUCUAAAUAAUCAAAUUCAUAUAGUAAUGUCUAGGAAAUAUCGUUAAAAUACUCGUCACACAUAUUGGAAGUUUUUUUCUAAACGAUGCUUUACUCAUCAUGUCGCGCUCCCGGUAACGCAUACUUACUAUAAUUAUAAGAUAAGAGAUUGAAAUGCUGUGUGUGUGGGUAGCUCGGUAUUAGAAUAUUUGUCAUUCAGGAAAUCCGGAUUCGGUUGCUUCCUGACCCUGUACAUGAAUUAAGGGAUUUUAAGUGAAAAUUACUACAUUAUGAUAACAAGUAACCAAGAGAUAAAGAAUUCAUUUCAUUGUUAUAAGUAAAAAAUAUUGUAUCCCAAUUAAGGGACGGAGAUUUAUAAAAAGAAUAUCCGUUCCUUACACAGUAAAAUUAAUUCCUUACUUCUUGACAAGUUGCUUUAAUCAUAUAGCGGCUAAUUCUUCCACUUAAAAUGUCUGUCAUAUGUAAAAUGGUAGAAAAUUUCUGAUGUAAUGUUCUAAUACGAAAGUACUUUUUCAUAAUUUAUUUUUAAUAUCUGCGAUCGCGGGAUGUAUAUGCGCGCAAAAAAUUCGUGAUGUGCAUAUUAUGACAACACUACUGCUUUCCUUGCAGAACAAAAUUUGCCAUACUUGUCGCGUUACUGUUUUCCAAGGAUUGUUUUUUGUUACGAUGAUAUUGUUCGUAGAACAGUAUUGUCUAAUAGUAACGAUGCGUGAAGUUUUAUCUAUCGUUUUUUACCAUCUUACCUUGUUCUAAAUAUCUUGCAUGGUUUUUUUUGCAUACAUAAGUGUAAUUUCUCGUAACCUUGAUGACUAGGUAUCGUCCCAGUAAAGUCAAAAUUUACCAAACUUGCUACAGAGAUUUUCCAAGAAAAGAACUUUGCGCACUGAUGCCUUACAAGUCGCACGAUUUUGCAUAUCUAAUUCCUUGUUCUUUCUAUCAUCAUUUAUCUCUUCGGAAAGUUUGCCGCUUUGCAUGCCCGAAUACGCAUUUUUGAUUGUAUUUAUUAUAUAAUUAUAUAAAAUUUUCACAUAAAAAAAGAUAACAUCAACUGAGAAACGAGAUAAUCAGGACUGUUACUUUGUAAUCUAUAUAAAAUACUUAUUAAAUAUUUAAAAAAAGAUAUAUAAGAUAAAAAAUGUGAAAUCUGCAGGAACAGAAUACUUCGGAAAUGAAUUUAUAUAGAUAUAUAUAUGAUGCUCAGAAUCAAUUCGCGUUAAAUACGUCGAGAUUGUGUAUUAAUUCAUUGAAAUGAUUAUAUCAAUUUAUAUUGUAGAUUUGAAGAAAUAUGUGCUGUAGUUGGUUACAUACUAUUUAAAGUAUAAGAAUAAUAUAGAUCUAUAUUAAAGCCACAAAAUCGAUAUAAUAGUUUGUUUUCUUUAGCUACUCAUAUAGAUUUUCAAUAACAUAGUGAUUCUUCACACAUAUACGAUUGCCUUACAAUGAAUAGAUGAGCAAAGUUAUUUUUAAAUUAAAUAAUAAUUUUCAAAUAAAUUCUUUUUAUAUGUUUUUGAAAGUUUAACUUUUAUGUGGCGUAGUUCUAUAUCAGUCUGAGCGCUUCAUUCCCAAUUCGUUAUUUCUCUAUAACAUAUUUACAUAUUAAUCCGUGAUUAUAUAUAAUAUACAAGAGAUUUAUGUUAUGCGUUCAUAAAUAUUUUCAUUGCUAUUUAUUAUAUAAAUAGCAGAUAAAUAAAUUUGCCAAGUGUGAUUGUUGUUACUAAACUAAUAACUCUUUGUGCCAUAUACCGCGAAAUUUUAAAGUUUAUAUUACUAUCAUUAACGAUGAGGCCGACAGUAUUGUCUUGUUAAAUACAAAUCACGGAACUAUUUAGAGAGAUAAAAUCUUCACAAUGAAAUCAUGGGACAAAAUAAAUCUUUUGUAAUUGUUUAGAUACUGUGUAAAAAUUGUAUAAGAUUAAUGCUUAUAUUAGAAUUAUCUUCGACUAAUUAUCCGUCUGCGAUCUUGUAAAAACAUGUAAUGAUGUAGACUAUACAUAUAGACAAAAGUGUCUGCCGAAUAUAAAUAAAGGAACUAUUUUAGUUUCCUAAG